GGUGGAGAGAGAGAAAGCGCACGCCGAGAGGAGGUGUGGGUGUUCCGCUCCCAUCCUAACGGAACGAGCUCCCUCUUCGCGGACAUGGGAUUGCCCAGCGGCUGCUAACCCCUGUCCUGGUCCUGAUCCCUCAAACCGGCGUGGCUCCCCGGUCACCAAGGAGCUGACUACAAAGGAUUUGCAUCCUUGGCUGGAGUCCAUUGGCUACAGAGUGCCUGACCUGGGUCAGGCUUUUCAACACGGACAUGUCUGACAAAAUGUCUAGUUUCCUACAUAUCGGAGACAUUUGUUCUCUGUAUGCAGAGGGAUCUACGAAUGGAUUUAUCAGCACCUUGGGCUUGGUUGAUGACCGUUGCGUUGUACAGCCAGAAGCUGGGGACCUUAACAAUCCGCCCAAGAAAUUCAGAGACUGCCUCUUUAAGCUAUGUCCUAUGAAUCGAUAUUCUGCACAGAAGCAGUUCUGGAAAGCUGCUAAGCCCGGGGCCAACAGUACAACAGAUGCGGUGCUGCUCAACAAAUUGCAUCAUGCUGCAGACUUGGAAAAGAAGCAGAAUGAGACAGAAAACAGGAAAUUGCUGGGGACCGUCAUCCAGUAUGGCAACGUGAUCCAGCUCCUCCAUUUGAAAAGCAAUAAAUACUUAACUGUGAAUAAGAGGCUACCUGCCCUGCUGGAGAAGAACGCCAUGAGGGUGACGUUGGAUGAGGCUGGAAAUGAAGGGUCUUGGUUUUACAUUCAGCCGUUCUACAAGCUCCGCUCCAUCGGAGACAGUGUGGUCAUAGGCGACAAGGUAGUUUUGAACCCUGUCAAUGCUGGGCAGCCGCUACAUGCCAGCAGCCAUCAGCUGGUGGAUAACCCGGGCUGCAAUGAGGUCAACUCCGUCAACUGUAACACAAGCUGGAAAAUAGUGCUUUUCAUGAAAUGGAGUGAUAACAAAGAUGACAUUCUAAAAGGAGGUGAUGUGGUAAGGCUCUUCCAUGCUGAGCAAGAGAAGUUUCUCACGUGCGAUGAGCAUAGGAAGAAGCAGCACGUCUUCCUGAGGACAACCGGCAGACAGUCAGCCACGUCGGCCACCAGCUCCAAAGCCCUGUGGGAAGUGGAGGUAGUCCAGCAUGACCCAUGUCGGGGUGGAGCUGGGUACUGGAAUAGCCUCUUCCGGUUCAAGCACCUGGCUACAGGGCAUUAUUUGGCAGCAGAGGUAGACCCUGACUUUGAGGAAGAAUGCCUGGAGUUUCAGCCCUCAGUGGACCCUGAUCAGGAUGCAUCUCGGAGCAGGUUGAGAAACGCCCAAGAAAAAAUGGUGUACUCUCUGGUCUCUGUGCCUGAGGGCAACGACAUCUCCUCCAUCUUUGAGCUAGACCCCACAACUCUACGUGGAGGUGACAGCCUUGUCCCAAGGAACUCCUAUGUCCGGCUCAGACACCUGUGUACAAACACCUGGGUUCACAGCACAAACAUCCCCAUUGACAAGGAAGAGGAAAAACCCGUGAUGCUGAAGAUUGGUACCUCUCCCCUGAAGGAGGACAAGGAAGCUUUUGCCAUAGUCCCCGUUUCUCCUGCUGAGGUUCGGGACCUGGACUUUGCCAAUGAUGCCAGCAAGGUGCUGGGCUCCAUCGCUGGGAAGUUGGAAAAGGGCACCAUCACCCAGAAUGAGAGAAGGUCUGUCACCAAGCUGCUGGAAGACUUGGUUUACUUUGUCACGGGCGGAACGAACUCUGGCCAAGACGUGCUUGAAGUAGUCUUCUCUAAGCCCAACCGAGAGCGGCAGAAGCUGAUGAGGGAACAGAAUAUUCUCAAGCAGAUCUUCAAGCUUUUGCAGGCCCCCUUCACGGACUGUGGGGAUGGCCCAAUGCUUCGGCUGGAGGAGCUGGGGGACCAGCGCCAUGCUCCUUUCAGACACAUUUGCCGACUCUGCUACAGGGUCCUGAGACACUCCCAGCAAGACUACAGGAAGAACCAGGAGUACAUAGCCAAGCAGUUUGGCUUCAUGCAGAAGCAGAUUGGCUAUGAUGUGCUGGCCGAAGACACCAUCACUGCCCUGCUCCACAACAACCGAAAGCUCCUGGAAAAGCACAUCACCGCGGCAGAGAUUGACACGUUUGUCAGCCUGGUGCGAAAGAACAGGGAGCCCAGGUUCUUGGAUUACCUCUCUGACCUCUGCGUAUCCAUGAAUAAGUCAAUCCCUGUGACCCAGGAGCUCAUUUGUAAAGCUGUGCUGAAUCCCACCAAUGCUGACAUCCUGAUUGAGACCAAGUUGGUUCUUUCUCGUUUUGAGUUUGAAGGCGUUUCCACCGGAGAGAAUGCUCUGGAAGCUGGGGAAGAUGAGGAAGAGGUGUGGCUGUUCUGGAGGGACAGCAACAAAGAGAUCCGUAGCAAGAGUGUUAGGGAAUUGGCACAAGAUGCUAAAGAGGGACAGAAGGAGGACAGGGAUGUCCUCAGCUACUACAGGUAUCAGCUGAACCUCUUUGCAAGGAUGUGUCUGGACCGCCAGUACCUGGCCAUCAAUGAAAUAUCCGGGCAGCUGGAUGUUGACCUCAUCCUCCGCUGCAUGUCCGAUGAGAACCUCCCCUAUGACCUCAGAGCAUCCUUUUGCCGCCUCAUGCUUCACAUGCACGUGGACCGAGAUCCCCAGGAGCAGGUGACCCCUGUGAAAUACGCCCGUCUGUGGUCAGAAAUUCCCUCCGAGAUCGCCAUUGACGACUAUGACAGCAGUGGAGCAUCGAAGGAUGAAAUUAAGGAGAGGUUUGCUCAGACGAUGGAGUUUGUGGAGGAGUACCUGAGAGAUGUGGUUUGUCAAAGAUUCCCCUUCUCUGAUAAGGAGAAAAAUAAGCUCACAUUUGAGGUUGUGAACUUAGCCAGGAACCUCAUAUACUUUGGCUUCUACAACUUUUCUGACCUUCUCCGAUUAACCAAGAUCCUCUUGGCAAUCUUAGACUGUGUACAUGUGACCACCAUCUUCCCCAUUAGCAAGAUGACGAAAGGCGAAGAGAAUAAAGGUAACAAUGCUGAGGAGAAGCUGAAGAGCAGCAACGUGAUGAGAUCUAUCCAUGGAGUUGGGGAGCUCAUGACCCAGGUGGUGCUUCGGGGAGGAGGCUUUUUGCCCAUGACUCCUAUGGCUGCUGCCCCUGAAGGAAAUGUGAAGCAGGCAGAGCCAGAGAAAGAGGAUAUCAUGGUUAUGGACACCAAGUUAAAGAUCAUUGAAAUACUCCAGUUUAUUUUGAAUGUGAGAUUGGAUUAUAGGAUCUCCUGCCUCCUGUGUAUAUUUAAGCGGGAGUUUGAUGAAAGCAAUUCCCAGUCAUCAGAAACAUCCUCCGGAAACAGCAGCCAAGAAGGGCCAAGUAAUGUACCAGGUGCUCUGGACUUUGAACACAUUGAAGAGCAAGCGGAAGGCAUCUUUGGGGGAAGGAAAGAGAACACACCUCUGGACUUGGAUGAUCAUGGUGGCAGAACCUUCCUCAGGGUCCUGCUCCACUUGACAAUGCAUGACUACCCACCCCUGGUGUCUGGGGCCCUGCAGCUCCUCUUCCGGCAUUUCAGCCAGAGGCAGGAGGUCCUUCAGGCCUUCAAACAGGUACUUCCUGUGGACCACUCUCUCUCUCUCUCUCUCUCUCUCUCCUCCUCCCAAGACUUGGACCAGCUAAGGUCCAUCGUGGAGAAGUCUGAGCUCUGGGUGUACAAAGGCCAGGGUCCCGAUGAGCCUAUGGAUGGAGCCUCUGGUGAAAACGAACAUAAGAAAACUGAGGAGGGGACCAGCAAGCCACUGAAGCACGAAAGCACCAGCAGCUACAACUACCGAGUGGUGAAAGAGAUUCUGAUUCGACUUAGCAAGCUCUGUGUUCAAGAGAGCGCGUCGGUGAGGAAGAGCAGGAAGCAGCAGCAGCGACUGCUGAGGAACAUGGGUGCCCAUGCUGUGGUGCUGGAGCUGCUGCAGAUCCCCUACGAGAAGGCCGAAGAUACCAAGAUGCAGGAGAUCAUGAGGCUGGCUCACGAAUUUCUGCAGAACUUCUGCGCAGGCAACCAGCAGAACCAAGCUUUGCUACAUAAACACAUAAACCUGUUUCUCAACCCAGGGAUCCUGGAGGCAGUGACCAUGCAGCACAUCUUCAUGAACAACUUCCAGCUGUGCAGUGAGAUCAAUGAGAGAGUGGUCCAGCAUUUCGUUCACUGCAUAGAGACCCACGGUCGAAAUGUCCAGUAUAUCAAGUUUCUCCAGACGAUUGUCAAGGCCGAAGGGAAAUUCAUUAAAAAGUGCCAAGACAUGGUCAUGGCUGAGCUUGUCAAUUCUGGAGAGGACGUCCUCGUGUUCUACAAUGACAGAGCCUCUUUCCAGACUCUGAUCCAGAUGAUGCGGUCCGAGCGUGACCGGAUGGAUGAGAACAGCCCUCUCAUGUACCACAUCCAUCUGGUGGAGCUCUUGGCUGUGUGCACAGAGGGCAAGAAUGUGUACACAGAGAUCAAGUGCAACUCCCUGCUCCCGCUCGAUGACAUCGUUCGUGUGGUCACUCAUGAAGACUGCAUCCCCGAGGUUAAGAUCGCUUACAUCAACUUCCUGAAUCACUGCUACGUGGACACUGAGGUGGAGAUGAAGGAGAUUUACACAAGCAAUCACAUGUGGAAGUUGUUUGAGAAUUUCCUCGUGGACAUCUGCAGGGCCUGUAACAACACAAGUGACAGGAAGCAUGCAGACUCGGUUCUGGAGAAGUACGUCACUGAAAUCGUGAUGAGCAUUGUCACCACCUUCUUCAGCUCUCCCUUCUCAGACCAGAGUACCACUCUGCAGACUCGCCAGCCUGUCUUUGUGCAGCUCCUGCAAGGCGUGUUCCGAGUUUACCACUGCAACUGGUUGAUGCCGAGCCAGAAAGCCUCGGUGGAGAGCUGUAUCCGCGUGCUCUCUGACGUAGCCAAGAGCCGGGCCAUAGCCAUUCCUGUUGACCUAGACAGCCAAGUCAACAACCUCUUCCUGAAGUCCCACAACAUCGUGCAGAAAACAGCCAUGAACUGGCGGUUAUCAGCCCGCAAUGCUGCUCGUAGAGACUCUGUCCUGGCAGCUUCCAGAGACUACCGAAAUAUCAUUGAGAGGUUACAGGACAUCGUGUCUGCCCUGGAGGACCGACUCCGGCCCCUGGUCCAGGCCGAGCUGUCUGUGCUCGUGGAUGUUCUACACAGACCGGAACUGCUUUUCCCUGAGAACACGGACGCCAGGAGGAAAUGCGAAAGUGGAGGUUUCAUCUGCAAGCUCAUAAAACACACCAAGCAGCUGCUAGAGGAGAAUGAAGAGAAACUGUGCAUUAAAGUCUUACAGACCCUCAGGGAAAUGAUGACCAAAGAUAGAGGCUAUGGAGAAAAGCAAAUUUCCAUUGAUGAAUUGGAAAAUGCCGAGCUGCCACAGCCACCGGAAGCUGAGAACUCCACAGAGGAGCUUGAACCAAGUCCACCCCUGAGGCAACUGGAAGACCAUAAAAGGGGUGAGGCACUCCGGCAAAUUUUGGUCAACCGUUACUAUGGAAACAUCAGACCUUCAGGAAGAAGAGAGAGCCUUACCAGCUUUGGCAAUGGUCCACUAUCACCAGGAGGACCCAGCAAGCCUGGGGGAGGAGGGGGAGGUCCUGGGUCCGGCUCCACAAGCCGGGGUGAGAUGAGCCUGGCUGAGGUUCAAUGUCAUCUCGACAAGGAGGGCGCCUCCAAUCUGGUCAUCGACCUCAUAAUGAAUGCAUCCAGCGACCGAGUAUUCCACGAAAGCAUUCUCCUGGCCAUCGCACUUCUGGAAGGAGGCAACACCACCAUCCAGCACUCUUUUUUCUGCCGGCUGACGGAAGAUAAGAAAUCAGAGAAGUUCUUCAAGGUCUUUUACGAUCGAAUGAAGGUGGCCCAGCAGGAAAUCAAGGCGACAGUGACCGUGAACACCAGCGAUUUGGGAAACAAAAAGAAAGAUGAUGAAGUGGACCGGGAUGCCCCAUCCCGGAAGAAAGCCAAAGAGCCCACAACACAGAUAACAGAAGAGGUCCGGGAUCAGCUCUUGGAAGCAUCUGCUGCCACCAGAAAAGCCUUUACCACCUUCCGGAGGGAGGCCGACCCUGAUGACCAUUACCAAUCUGGGGAGGGCACCCAGGCUACAACGGACAAAGCCAAGGAUGACCUAGAGAUGAGUGCAGUCAUCACCAUCAUGCAGCCUAUCCUGCGCUUCCUGCAGCUCCUGUGUGAAAACCACAACCGCGAUCUGCAGAAUUUCCUUCGUUGCCAAAAUAAUAAGACCAACUACAACUUGGUGUGUGAGACACUGCAGUUUCUGGACUGUAUCUGUGGGAGCACAACUGGGGGCCUUGGUCUUCUCGGACUGUACAUAAAUGAAAAGAAUGUAGCUCUUAUCAACCAAACCCUGGAGAGCCUGACUGAGUACUGUCAAGGGCCUUGCCAUGAAAACCAGAACUGCAUCGCCACCCACGAGUCCAAUGGCAUCGAUAUCAUCACAGCCCUCAUCCUCAACGAUAUCAACCCUCUGGGGAAGAAACGGAUGGACCUGGUGUUAGAACUGAAGAACAAUGCUUCAAAGCUACUCCUGGCCAUCAUGGAAAGCAGACACGAUAGUGAAAAUGCAGAGAGGAUCCUGUACAACAUGAGGCCCAAGGAGCUGGUGGAAGUGAUCAAGAAGGCCUACAUGCAAGGCGAAGUGGAGUUCGAGGAUGGGGAGAACGGUGAGGAUGGAGCAGCCUCCCCCAGGAACGUGGGCCAUAACAUCUACAUCCUCGCUCACCAGUUGGCUCGGCAUAACAAAGAACUUCAAACCAUGCUGAAACCUGGAGGCCAGGUGGAUGGCGAUGAAGCUCUGGAGUUCUAUGCGAAGCACACAGCACAAAUUGAGAUUGUCAGACUGGACCGAACUAUGGAACAGAUUGUCUUCCCUGUGCCCAGCAUCUGUGAAUUUCUGACUAAGGAAUCGAAACUUCGAAUAUAUUACACCACAGAGAGGGAUGAGCAAGGCAGCAAGAUCAAUGACUUCUUCCUGCGCUCCGAGGACCUCUUUAAUGAGAUGAACUGGCAGAAGAAACUUCGAGCCCAGCCUGUCUUGUACUGGUGCGCCCGAAACAUGUCUUUCUGGAGCAGCAUCUCCUUCAAUCUGGCCGUCCUGAUGAACCUGCUGGUGGCGUUUUUCUACCCAUUUAAAGGAGUGAGAGGAGGAACACUAGAGCCACACUGGUCCGGCCUCCUGUGGACAGCCAUGCUCAUCUCUCUGGCAAUUGUCAUUGCGCUGCCCAAGCCCCAUGGCAUCCGGGCCUUAAUUGCUUCUACAAUCCUACGACUGAUAUUUUCAGUUGGAUUACAGCCCACACUGUUUCUGCUGGGAGCUUUCAAUGUCUGCAAUAAAAUCAUCUUCCUGAUGAGCUUUGUGGGCAACUGUGGGACCUUCACCAGAGGCUACCGAGCCAUGGUUCUGGACGUUGAAUUCCUCUAUCAUUUGCUGUAUCUACUGAUCUGUGCCAUGGGCCUCUUCGUACAUGAGUUUUUCUAUAGUUUGCUGCUUUUUGAUUUAGUGUACAGAGAGGAGACUUUGCUUAAUGUCAUUAAAAGUGUCACCCGCAAUGGACGGUCCAUCAUCUUGACAGCGGUCCUGGCUCUGAUCCUGGUUUACCUGUUCUCAAUUGUGGGCUACCUGUUCUUCAAGGAUGACUUUAUCUUGGAAGUAGACAGGUUGCCCAAUGAGACAGCUGGUCCAGAAACUGGUGAGAGUUUGGCCAACGAUUUCCUGUACUCUGAUGUGUGCCGGGUAGAGACGGGGGAGAACUGCACCUCUCCGGCACCCAAAGAAGAGCUGCUCCCCGUGGAAGAAACGGAACAGGAUAAGGAGCACACGUGUGAGACACUGCUCAUGUGCAUCGUCACCGUUCUGAGUCACGGGCUGCGGAGUGGGGGUGGAGUAGGAGAUGUGCUCAGGAAGCCAUCCAAAGAGGAGCCUCUGUUUGCUGCCAGGGUGAUCUAUGACCUCCUCUUCUUCUUCAUGGUCAUCAUCAUUGUCCUGAACCUCAUUUUUGGGGUCAUCAUCGACACCUUUGCUGACCUGAGGAGCGAGAAGCAGAAGAAGGAAGAGAUCUUAAAAACCACGUGCUUCAUCUGUGGCUUGGAAAGGGACAAGUUUGACAAUAAGACCGUCACCUUUGAAGAGCACAUUAAGGAAGAACACAACAUGUGGCACUAUCUGUGCUUCAUCGUGCUGGUGAAAGUGAAGGACUCCACUGAGUACACCGGGCCCGAGAGCUACGUGGCAGAGAUGAUCAGGGAAAGAAACCUUGAUUGGUUCCCCAGGAUGAGAGCCAUGUCCCUGGUCAGCAGUGACUCUGAAGGGGAACAGAACGAGCUGAGGAACCUGCAGGAGAAGCUGGAGUCCACCAUGAAGCUGGUCACCAAUCUUUCUGGCCAGCUGUCAGAACUAAAGGACCAGAUGACAGAACAAAGGAAGCAGAAACAAAGAAUUGGCCUUCUAGGACAUCCUCCUCACAUGAAUGUCAACCCACAGCAGCCAGCCUAAGCAAAUGAGACGGAGGGACUGUACUCAACCCUUUUUAAAUUAUUGUCAGCGUGGGUCUGGCUCUUGGUUCUGAUCUGCCCGCUAAGGUUACAUGUGCGCUUAGUACAUUUGUAAAUACUCGGUUUUGUAUUGUAUGUAUAUGAUUGCAAUUCUCAGAGGUUUGGACUUUCGUAUUGUAAUUAGCUCUGUUGGCAUGGUGACUUGUCACUCCUGCCAAAAAUAUUAAAAAUGCCUUUUUUGGAAGGACUACAGAAAGUACCUGAUUUGCACUUGAACCAGAUUAUAGAUUUAAAAGUAUAUGACAUGUAUUUUGUAUUUAAAACUAGAAUAGCCAGUAUUUAUGUUUUUUAUAAAACUGUGCAAUACAAAUUAUGCAAUCACCAUAACUUUGUAACUCCUGAGUGUCCUAAGGGAGUGCGCAUCUUUGAAGCUGAUAUGUUAAUACUUAUGUAAUAAAUGGUUAAAUAUCAAAUGAUGAUGCUGCUGCCAAAAUUAUAUUAAUAGCGAGUUUCUGGCCCCUGGGCAAUUUUGUACCUUGUAAUUAUCCUAUGGUGAUGCUGUUUCUCGUUGCUAAUGGCAUUAGUGCCCCGUAUCCUAGUGAUAACUCCAGGUCUGUGAACCAUUCAAACAACAUUCAUUUUUGAGACAAAGCAACUUUAGUUUCAAGGGUAAUUUUAAGCUUCAAAAUUAAUCAUUUAAAGUAUUUCUUUAAGAGAGCCAUGUUAGAGGCUCACACGUUAGCUUGAAAGGAGUCGAUGAAUUAAUUUUUUUAAAGGGAACUUUUUACACGACGUUUGGAAUAACAGCAUAUUGCUGACCAGUCAGUGUCAUCUCCCGGGUGAAUUUUGAUGUCACGUUAUAGUCAAAUGAGCUAGCUGAUGGUUUCUAGAUUCUCUUCAUCUGAACCAACAUGAUGCAGUAGGUGAGAAGUUAUUAUGCAUAUAUACACAUAUACAUCCAUAUAAGGCAAAGUAGGAGCUGUCCCCUUAGGAUGCAUAGCUGCCCCCUUAGGGUGCAGAGCUCAACACUGACAGUGCUGUUCUGAGAGAGCCACGUUUGGGUUUUAUUUCUUUGUCACAUGAUUUCUUUUCUGGAUGUGUGCAAGUAUAACAGGAAGUGUUUUCUACCUGUUGCCUUGUUUUUGUACCUGGGUCUCGUUUUACUAGACCAUCUCUGCACAAAAGUUUAAAAAAUGAACCGUAAGCAGAGUUCUGAAGCAAGUCAAGUUUGUAAGUGCAUACCUGAAAUUAUUUAAUAAAUGACGCAGAAUACUA